UCAGCUGAUUUAAUGGGAGGGGGCGGGCUCAAAAACGCUUGGAAGCCAUCUUGAAUGGCCGCGGGGCUCCUUCGCAGUCAGCCAAUAUUGACUUCGUCGUACAAACACUGCAAACUGAAACGCUUUAUUUCCCCCCUCCUCUCCCUGAUAUCCAAGGGUUGGACAGACUUGUGAAAGGACACGGGCUAGGCUAACGAGAUGGCUAACUGAACAGUCGGCCGACUCCUGAAAGCUCGCCGAGCCUUCCUGGUGCGCUGUUUUUUUUCCCCAAAACAUUCACGAAUGAACCCUGAGCACAUUUAAUUUAAUCGCUACAAACAAAGACUUACAAGAGCGAACGUUUUUGUUUUUUUAAUUUUGUUUUUUUUAUUUCUAAUGUCAGAGCGACAUUAUCGCAGAAACUGUUGACAUUCACAUUUGGUUCCUAAUCAGUUCGAGGAGGACAUAAAAAAAGAGAAGAAAAAGCCAGAGUGAUUAUUGCAUCUUGAGUGGGCUCGCGUCAUCUGGAGACUGUUCAAAAAGGCGUUUAUUGGAACGGAACUCUGUAGCCAAGUGAACAUGAGCACCACCAGGACGGAGAACCCGGUGAUUCUGGGCAUGUCCACGCAGAACGGACAGCUACGGGGCUCGGUGAAGCCAACCGGAGCUCCCGGUGGAGGCGGAGGUCCGCAGCAGCUGAAUCAGAUGAAGGGCACAAUCAAUGGUAAUUCCCAGCCAUCGCCUACAACAAACGCUGUUGUAAAGCCUGGAGAUGACUGGAAGAAAAGUUUGAAAUUGCCUCCAAAGGACACGAGAAUAAAAACUUCGGAUGUGACUGCAACUAAAGGCAAUGAGUUUGAGGAUUACUGCCUAAAAAGGGAGCUGCUUAUGGGAAUCUUUGAGAUGGGCUGGGAGAAGCCGUCUCCAAUUCAGGAGGAGAGCAUUCCCAUUGCACUGUCGGGGAGGGAUAUUUUGGCCAGAGCCAAAAACGGCACAGGGAAGAGUGGAGCCUACCUCAUUCCCUUACUUGAACGCAUUGAUCUGAAGAGAGACUGUAUACAAGCAUUGGGCAUCGUACCCACCAGAGAGCUGGCGCUGCAGGUGAGCCAAAUAUGUAUCCAGGUCAGCAAACACAUGGGCGGAGUGAAGGUAAUGGCAACCACCGGCGGAACCAACCUGCGUGAUGACAUCAUGAGACUCGACGAAACGGUACAUGUGGUCAUUGCCACCCCUGGUAGGAUUUUAGAUCUCAUCAAAAAAGGCGUGGCCAAAGUCAAUCAAGUGCAGAUGAUUGUUCUGGAUGAAGCGGACAAACUCCUGUCUCAGGACUUUGUGGUAAUGAUGGAGGAGAUCCUGGGCUUCCUGCCCAAACAGAGGCAAAUCCUGCUGUAUUCAGCAACCUUUCCUCUCAGUGUGCAGAAGUUUAUGAAUUCACAUUUGCAGAAACCCUAUGAGAUCAAUCUAAUGGAGGAGCUGACGCUGAAGGGCGUGACUCAGUAUUAUGCUUAUGUAACCGAAAGGCAAAAGGUCCAUUGCCUUAACACGCUGUUCUCCAGGCUCCAGAUCAACCAGUCCAUAAUCUUCUGCAACUCGUCUCAGAGGGUCGAGCUCCUCGCCAAGAAGAUCUCCCAACUUGGUUACUCUUGUUUCUACAUACACGCCAAGAUGAGACAGGAGCACCGUAAUCGGGUUUUCCACGACUUCAGAAACGGACUGUGCCGGAACCUCGUCUGCACUGACCUCUUCACAAGAGGAAUUGACAUUCAAGCUGUGAAUGUUGUGAUCAACUUUGAUUUCCCCAAACUGGGAGAAACGUACCUUCAUCGCAUCGGUAGAUCAGGACGCUUUGGACACCUGGGUUUAGCCAUCAACCUGAUCACGUACGACGAUCGCUUCAACCUGAAGGGCAUCGAAGAGCAGCUGGGAACGGAGAUCAAGCCCAUCCCUGGCAUCAUCGACAAGAGCUUAUAUGUGGCGGAGUACCACAGCGAGGGCGGAGAAGAAGUAAAGCCAUGAGCCAAUCAGUCCAUCCCGCCCCUCCCCCGCCCCUUCUUCCUCCCAUCUUGGAUUUUCUUUACCCCCCCCGCCUGCCUUUUUCUGUACAGUUUCUCCGUCUUCCUUUUCGACGCCGCCAUUACGAAAGUGGACGCUUUUCUUUUUCCCAUUUUUGGAUGAACUCAUCUGCCUUUGAAGGCCCUGCGCUGCACCACGCAACUGAAGACAUGAGCGCCGCUGGGGGGGAGGGGGCACGGGACCAAGUGGACAAUGCUGGGGGGCUCAGAUGGAAGUCCAGACCUGAGGACCGGCCUCCAUUCUCCACUCUGGAGUUUGAACAAACUUCUAUCAAGUGCCUUAACAAGCAGUUCAGUUGUUCUGAAGUAAUAACCCUUCAUCAGCCGGCGUCGCACCACACUCAUCCUCACCUGUCGCAGAUUCAAACCAAAAGGUGAAACCUUUUUCUUUGUUCUUUGGGGAUUUGCUCUCUGGUUUUCUUUGGAUGGAGGAAGCUGCUUCUCUGGCUGAGCUGCGGUCCGGCUGAUGGCGAGUGCAAUCCUCCCAAGAUGCACUUAGUGUUUAAAGCCCCCCUCUUCUGCCCCCCCUCCACCCCACCGCCGCCAGUGUUAACAAGCUCAGAGCGACGGCUUUCUGAUCAAACGCGGCUUGUCGGAUUCCUCGGCGUAGUUGUAGAAAUACUUGCUGCAGUGCAGCUUCGUUGGCGGCUGAUUAUUAUUUUUGUUGGGGGGGGUCAAAAGGAUCCACAAACGUAGCAGGAAUCGAUUCUAUUGGCUGCUGCAGAACCGGCCCGUGUUGGCUUGCACUGGGGGGGGGUGACUCAUCGCCCAGGUGGAGGAGGAGGAGGAGGCGGAGCAGAACCUUUUUGGAGAAGCGGGUCGGGUCGAGCUUUCUGAAAGCAGACUCUGAAGCCCCAGCCCGCUGCUUGAUUUGCCCUUUAGUUGCUUUAAGCUGUGUGUGUGUGUGUGUGGGGGGGGGGUUAGGUUUACAAGUUUUUGGAAAACGACUCGGUUGGCCUGAAGGUCCCCUGAACCCCCUCGUGGAGUGUGGGCGGGGCCUUCAGCUCAGCCGGGUCUCCCCUUGGUUCCAGGCGAGAUGCUUCCCGGCUCCGAUCGGUGAGAAUUCUCUUAUUCAAAGAUUCCAGUCGAUCCGUUCUCACCGGUCUGAGCUCAGAUCCCUUUUCUCCCAGUUGUGACUUCUUACAUCAGAUUUGGGCUUUUAUUUUGGCGGGGGGGGUUACACAAAUAAAUGUGAAAUUGAAGCAUAACUGAAGGAAAGGGGUCUAACUUUCCAGACGUCUGGCAGCAGUCUGUUGUUUUGGCGGCGCUCUGGCAGAAACCUGAACAUCAAUGACGUUCAUCCACGGAUGAAGUGGGCGGGGCUUCUUUUUUUUUUUUCUUUCUGCAGAGUCGCUGCCAUUCAGAGCCAUAAAGAUUGAGACGAGAGCAUCUUGCCCCAGAUCGGGUCACUAAUUGGACACUUCUUGUCAUUGUCUCACUCUUUAAGGUGGUUUUUAAAUUGACCGGGUGGUAGAAUUCGGCCGUUUGCUGCCCUGAUGCAGAUUCAAACUCUCUGUCGAGUUUGAAUCUGCAUCAGCUGAAGGGGUAAAGUGGGAGGGGCCUAAAGGCACUUUAAAUAGUGAUCGGAUAAUCCCAGGUUUGGUAACGGGUUUAACGAGAUUUCAAGAGUUGCCCUUAAGAUUUCUGUUAUCAAGUGUUCGAGCGGAGGAAGAAAAAAAAAACAAAGGUCUCCGAAUUUACGUAAAUUAAAAGCUUGAGUUCAUCUUUUUUGUUUUCUUUUAAUUUUGAAAUUCGUACAAAUUGGCAGUUUUCAGUGAAGCGCAUUUUACAAACGAGUUCAAUGUCUUGGAUAUUAUUGGAUCAAGUUUUGUUCAGAAGAAAUUAUAAUAAAGCUCACUGAAAUUUAA